AUGUCUGGCGAUUGGGUAGCCAGUUAUGAUGCUCAGGCGAAAAAUGAGGGUUUAAGCAUACCGGAAAAUCUUCCGCAAAAGGUUUUUUCUUUUUAUUUCUAUAAAUUAGAUGUUUGUUUCUCUUCUUUUCAAUUUGUAAUCAGCUUUCUUCAAAUCGAAAGUUUCAAAUUUCUUUCUUUCAAAUGGUUUUGAUCGUUUGACCCUUUACUAACUUUUUAUUUCUUGGCCCUGACCUAAUCGCAGAUCAGAUUCUCAGAUACAUAAAGAGGAACAGUAUUUCUUAUGUCCUCAUUACUCUUCCUUGUAAAGAUGCGUUAACUUUUUUUUUCUUGCAGCGAGUGUCAACAUUUUUUGUGUUCAAGAAUUAGUUUUGUGUUCAAGACUUAGUUCAAAAAUUGGGUAAAAGUAGCUCCCCUGUUGCAUUUAAAACGCUUUGUUUACACAGUAUGUUGAAACUAAACAAUCCCUUUUUGACUAAAAUCUGAUUGAGUGCUCAUGUUUGCUUUUUCAGCUCGACUCGCUGAAUAUCUCUGAAGGGUCGAAUAUGCGUGAGUUUUACACGACUGAUCAUGAUAAAUGUAAUUUUGAAUUUGAGCUUCUCUUAGUGGAAACAUACUCGGGAGGACAACGAAACCAAGUGGUUCUUUUGUGAAUCCACCACAACACUCUUUUGGAGCAACUACGACAACAGGACCACGUACGAACAUCGGCGCGGCGCCGUUUGCAGCAGGUUUGUUUGUUUUUUCCUCAUACAUACCAACAACAUAUGUCAGUACAGAAGUUCCAUUUUUUUAAAUACGUGAAUUGCCAAUAUGAAACAGAUUUAUUUUUAAAUGAACCAAUAAGAACUUCGGAAUUUCCAUCAAUAAUUCAAUUAAUCUUUCAUUUUGUUGUUUUAGUAAUAGAUUUAAACGAUUAGGCGGUGACCAGGAACUUUAAUAUUUGCAUAUUUGAAUAUUUGUUUUACUCUAAUACAUAAAACAAUGAGCUACAAAGAAAGAGGCAUAGUUUGAGUUUCAAUUUUCAAAGUUCUAUCGAACAACCGCCUUUGGCGGACUGGAAGUCCAAACGUGUAGUUCAGAGGUGGAGGAUGGCUGCCCACUGGCGGCCCUGCCUGCCAAGCCAUGAACGCCCAAAAGCAGAAAUGACUUUUCCAAUUAUAAGUCAGUGACUCAUUUCUAUCGCUUGGCCCAAUGGCUUGGCUUGGCAGCCAAGUCAAGGGCUACCUUUCCAAUCCUCCACCUCUGGUGUAGUGGAUCGCUUUUUUUUUGCGUAGUUCCUGUAGUUGCACCUUGACGAGCUCAGAAUGCAUCGGAUGUUGUGCUAGAGCUCCCGGCUUGGGUAAAAAGACGAAAUUUUCGAUUUUUUUUUUCAGGUUUCCCUCCUGGAAAUUCUCAACUCAGGGGCGGUCACGUCGCCACUCGUGGUAGAGGCUUCGGAUUUGCCCCUCAGCCGAAUCCGGCUUUCGCUCAACCUUUUCAACCCAAUUUUAAUGGUUCUAUCAUUUUUGGAACUUAUCGACGGAAAAUCUUUUUACAGCACCCAGAGGUAGAGGAGGAUUCCAAGCCAAUGUUUCGCCUCGGCCACCACAUACUCCACCGGUUUUUUUUUUCUCCUAAAAACUCUCAUCAAUUUUUUUUCAGACCAUGUACAAGUAUGUCGAGAAGAAUUCUACGCCACCCAAAAACGAUUCACACGAAAAAGGUCUUUGGGCAAGAGUUUUUUUAUGCCGUGUUCAAAGUGAUUCCGCGAAAUGCAACAUACCCGUUAGAGAAAGGAAAAGAUAACUAUAUUUGGGAGAGUCAGAGAUCAUUUUGCAUUUCGCGGAAAUUACUUUGAACACGGCAUUAAUAUUAGUGCUACUUCAUUUGUUGAUAGGAAAAAAAUAGUUGAGCAAAAAUUUUGUCAAAAAAAUCAAUAAGAACCAAGUUUUUUGGACCCCCGCUACGUCUCUCGAUUCUCGAUGAAGUUUGAUUUGAUAUUUUUUAGCAAUGGCGCCGGCAGAGAUCGCCCUUCUCAAUAAGUUCCUCCACAGAGAAGUCAAAAUGAUGUCGGAAUCGGAAGUCGACGUCCAAAGACAGGUUUCUCAAAAAGAGUUUAUACAUGAACACUUAAUAGGUCUUGGUAAUACUUGAUUCAUUACUGACAGACUCGCAAAUUUUUACGUUCGAUGUAGAAAAAAAAAGUUUUUUCAGGCUUUAAAUUGAAAGAAGAACUACUCUAUUUUUUUUUAGGACCCCACAUCUCCGCUUUACUCCGUCAACUCUUUCCGCGACCUGAGAUUGUAAUAAAAACUUUUUUUGUUUCAAAAAUAACAACCUUUUCCAGAAAAGACGAGGUCGUGAAGGCGUUGGACAUGCUCGGCUUCGAGUUCCCCACCAGAAUACAGGAGACCGCCCUCCCUCUACUUCUGAUGGAACCGUUCGUUUUAUCCAGAUUCAUUUUGAAUUGAUUUUUCAACUUCAGACCUCACAAUCUGAUUGCGCAGGCUCAGUCGGGAACCGGAAAAACGGCGGCUUUCGUUCUCACGAUGCUCUGUCGGAUCGACCUCUCGCUGAAACAUCCGCAGUGCAUUUGUCUGGCCCCGACUCUUGAACUCGCCAAACAACUAGGUCUGAAAAUGACUACAAUUGGACUUGAUCCCUGGAAAAAUGAAGUAAUAAAAGUUUUUAAGGGGAGGUUGUGUCGAAGAUGGGCCAGUACAUGACGGAUCUGAACAUUCACUACGCCAUAAAGGGAUCGCCAAGUGAAAAUUUUCUUUUUUUUUAAAUAUGCUAUGAUUCAGGGUCAACGGAGAAGCUGACAGAGCAAAUCGUGAUUGGAACCCCCGGAAAGGUAAUUUUUCAGAACUUGUGUGAAUGUUUUUACGAUUUGCAACUUGUUGAAAGAGAAUCUGAGUGCUCAAAAUUAAAAAAAAAUAUCAUAAGUUUGCCCUUGAUAAUGAAUGAUGUCACAAUACUGAAAAGUUUUUGGAAAAUUGUCAAAUAUAUUUGAAAAAAUAAAAGAGGAGUGUUCGUUUAUUUAUUUAUCUUGAAUCUAUGCACGUUUCAGACCCUAGAGUACCUGCAAAAAACGCAGCGAAUCGACCCUUCCAAAAUCCGAUGCCUUGUCUUGGACGAGGCCGACGUCAUGAUCAGCCAGCAAGGUCACAGCGACAUCAGCACAGUCAUUUAUACGUUUGUUUCUGGAACAAGAGGCCCUUCAACAACUGAUCAUCUACAGCAUCAUCGAGGAAGCGUCGCCCAGCGUUCAAUCCAUGCUCUUCUCGGCCACCUACGACAGUCCGGUGGUGGAUUUUGCGACCAAGCUCGUCAAAAACGCCAUCGUUGUCAUGUGAGUUUGGAAAGUAGAAAAGGUUAUAGGGAAAAAUGAUUGGAAAAAGAAAACUCAUGAGGUUUCUGAAAUUUCCGAUUUUUGACGGCUUGGUUCUUAUAUUGGGCCCAGUAAGGGGGAAAAGGAUGUUUGUCUAGCCUGGUUGAAGGGUUGUCAUUAAAUGAUUAGGCAAAGGUCACAGGUUACCUGAGUUUGUCGGAUGGCAGGUCGAGCAGGUGCCAUAAUCUCGCUAAUACGCUAAUCGACGAAGAAUUAGCUCCAACGUGUGACGCAACUUCUCAUCGGCUGGCUCGUUUCUCAGUCGACUAUUUAGUGAUUAUUGUUUUACGAUUGGAUUUCAUGCAUUUCGAAUUUCAAAAUGGUAUUUUUUUUUCUUGAGAUUAGAAUGAAGUUCAAGGAGCUUAAAUCAUACAAGGGCAACUGAUGAACUCAACUUGUCCAGGAGAAGCAAAAAACUUAUGAAAGUUAGGAAUAAAAAAGUUCUUUUUGGAGGUUUUUUGACAGCAAUAAGAACUAGUUUCAAAAUCAGGGCUUAAACUUGAAAAUAUUUUGGAGGAAUAGUUAGAGGUAUUCAAAAAUGAUCUGUCCAUAGGUGGCUUGAACCUUUUUUACGAACAGGUCUCGUUUGAACUAAAUCCCUCGACUAUAAAGUAUCUCGAUAAGCUCUCGAGAAUCAGAAAGGCACUUUUUCUCCGACAAAAAAUUCACUUCUCAACCCACACGAAAAAUGUUUUGUUUUGACGGUGGACAGUGUGUUGUUUGUGGGCGGAAAUGAAAUGAGCCUCACUACCCGAGUUGAAUAUCAAAUGGACAUUGCCGUAAUGACACAUCGCUGUUCGUUACAUCCAGACGAUACAUGCAAACAUGUGGCACGAUUGCACACAUGGCGCUUUUUGGGGCCGAUCCUUGUUGAUACCCCCUCAUUUCCUAUCCUCUCAGUUGAUUCGCAGCCAAAUGACUAAGAAACGAGCUUUUUGUCCAUUAAUUGACUGUUGUCAAGUUCACCUCUUACCCUUGCACCAAAAAAAGUAAGGUACUUUCGUUGGAUAUAAACGCGGGUCCAAAGCUGUUUGCCGUGCCCAGCGGGACGUUGGUGCAAGCACUAUUGUGGUUGUGGAAGCCGUGUUUGCAGCGUGACCUGUUGUGGAACCGAGGUCCACUUGGAUUUGCGUUGAGUUGAAGCAAUCUGGCUAUUAGUCUUCAUACGGAAAAAAGCGGCCAAUGAAAUAUAUCUUACAAGGAAGGUUGCUUGACUUUUCGGUUAGGAAAUCGCCGAAAUUCGACCAGAACACUUCUCGGGAUACCAAAUGAAGAUUCUGAAAGUCCCGACCUGGAUAACUUUCUAUUUUUUGAGAAAACUGCUUCGCAGUUCAAGAAGACCUUCAAAAUCCCUGGAAAUAAGCUAUUUUUCGGGCUUUAAGCCUUUUUUUUCGAUAACUAGAAAGUUGUGCAGAUUGAGACUUUCAGGAAUUUUUUAUGGUACAUCAAGGAGUGUUUCCGCCUAAUUUAAGCGAAUUAUCAGGCGCAAACUAAAAAAACCUUCCUUGUUAGUUUUAGCGAGUUUACAAAUUCGGAAGUUCUGAUGUUAGGUACUCGACCCAUCCAUGUAAAAUAAUUCAAAACUUAUACCAUCAAACUUGUUCGAUGAUAUUCAAAGAAAUGACUUUGAGAGCUGCGUUUUUGAGUUUUAAAGGAAUAAAAAUCAAAGUUUCAGGCUUAAAAAAGAGGAACAAGCGUUACCGAACAUCAAGCAGUGUUACGUUGAGUGCAAUGACAAAGCGGCUAAGUACGAGGUUGCCAAAAUUGGCUGAACCGUUGACUUAGUGAGCAUUUUCAUUUUUAGGCGAUCGUCAACUUGUACAGCGGCCUGACGAUUGCGUCUUCCGUUAUCUUCUGCCACACGAAGGCUAGCGCGAUGUGGCUGGCCAAUAACAUGAAACAACGGGGUCACGAGGCAAGAAUAAGUGGAUAAACUUUCCAAUGAAUAGAAGAAAGUUUGUAGGUUGAUGUCCUGCAUGGCGAAAUGGAGGUCCAGGACCGCGCCAACACGAUCAUUCGGUUCAAAGCCGGCGAAUUCAGGGUCCUCAUCACGACGAAUGUUUUUGCGCGAGGUAAGUAGUAGAGAAAUUCGAGAGAUAAUCACGUUUAUUGUAUAGAAUCGCAUUUAGAAAAAAAAAGCGUGUUCAAAGAGUUCAAAAGUAGACUAGCAGAACUAUUUUGAUUCACACGUAGCUCGGGUUGAAUUUCUUUAACGAUAUAUUCACUUUUCAAUAUAGAUACCGAGUUACGUAGAAUUCAUCGAAAAGAUUCUUUUUCUAACGUCUUCUCAAUAGUUUUAUCCUUCAAGUUUGCUUUAUUACCUAUUUUGGGACAUUUUUUAAUGUUCGCUUUUCUCGAAAGACGCAAUUUUUUUGCGCACUCUAAGCCUCAUAGCUAGUUGUACGGUAUUUCGCGCGUUUGAACACCUCCAUAAGCGUUUCUGUAUGACCCUCCGACGUGAUGACAGACAGCGUUUGAACAGUUGAGGAGAGAAGUGUGGGCAGAGGGCAGAUGCAUGCCGAUAUGGCUGUUUGUCGACUGGAUUAGCCAUUAUGCCCCACCUAGUUAUCUUCAUUACACUUCUAAUUGCACCUUAUCUGGAGAUGUGAUAUGGGCGACGUCUUGAAACUCGAUCGCGCUCCAAGCAAAUAGUUGGAUGAUCUCUAAUGAAAGAAGAGUACUUUAGGAAUCGACGUCGCUCAGGUGUCUGUUGUUAUCAACUACGACCUCCCGAUCAAGUACGACGCCGAGGGCAACGAACUGCGGAUUGAUGGACAACUGCAGCCUGACUGCGAGACUUAUCUGCAUCGAAUUGGAAGGUUCGGGUCGAAGAAAAUGGAAAUAGGACUCAGACUUACAAAAACAAGUUGUUUUCGGAAUAAAUGUAAUCCAUUUGCAGAACGGGUAGAUUCGGUAAGGCUGGGAUCGCAAUCAAUUUCAUCGAUAGCCCUGAAGCAUUGCGCAUGAUUGAAAUCAUUAAGCAACAUUUCUGUAAGAUUUUUAAAGUAUUUUUUUUCUUAAAUAGAUUUUUCAAAGGUUUUGUUUUCAAAGAUAUUUUCAGCAAUGCAAAUCAAGAAGAUCGAUCCGGGCAACCUAGACGAUUUGGAAGACAUCGAGAGAUCCUAG